GGCGCGGCGGGCCCCGGCCGAGGCUCGGGCGGGGCGGCGGGGGAGGCUGGCAGCGGCGCCGGUAGCGCGGGGAGAGGGGCGCCGUGGGCUGAGCGCUCCCGGCGAGAGGAGUCCGCUCCAUGCGUGCGGGCCGAGCCCGGCCCCUGCGAGCCGCCGACAUGAAGAAAGACGUGCGGAUCCUGCUGGUGGGAGAACCUAGAGUUGGGAAGACAUCACUGAUUAUGUCCCUGGUCAGUGAAGAAUUCCCAGAAGAGGUUCCUCCACGGGCAGAAGAAAUUACCAUUCCAGCUGAUGUUACCCCUGAGAGAGUUCCAACACACAUCGUAGAUUACUCAGAAGCAGAACAGAGUGAUGAACAGCUUCAUCAAGAGAUAUCACAGGCUAAUGUCAUCUGCAUAGUUUAUGCUGUUAACAACAAGCAUUCUAUUGAUAAGGUAACAAGUCGAUGGAUUCCUCUCAUAAAUGAAAGAACGGACAAAGACAGCAGGCUGCCUUUGAUACUGGUUGGGAACAAAUCCGAUCUGGUGGAAUACAGUAGUAUGGAGACCAUCCUUCCCAUUAUGAACCAGUACACAGAAAUAGAAACCUGUGUGGAGUGUUCAGCAAAAAACCUGAAGAAUAUAUCAGAGCUCUUUUAUUAUGCACAGAAAGCUGUUCUGCAUCCUACAGGGCCUCUGUACUGCCCAGAGGAGAAGGAGAUGAAACCAGCCUGUAUAAAAGCCCUCACCCGUAUAUUUAAAAUAUCUGAUCAAGAUAAUGAUGGCACUCUCAAUGAUGCUGAACUCAACUUCUUUCAGAGAAUUUGUUUCAACACUCCAUUAGCUCCCCAAGCUCUGGAAGAUGUCAAGAAUGUAGUCCGAAAACACAUAAGUGACGGUGUGGCUGAUAGUGGAUUGACAUUGAAAGGUUUUCUUUUUUUACACACACUUUUUAUCCAGAGAGGGAGACACGAAACUACUUGGACUGUGCUUCGACGAUUUGGUUAUGAUGAUGAUCUGGAUUUGACACCUGAAUAUUUAUUCCCCUUGCUAAAAAUACCUCCUGAUUGUACUACUGAAUUAAAUCAUCACGCAUAUUUGUUUCUCCAAAGCACCUUUGACAAGCAUGAUUUGGAUAGAGACUGUGCUCUGUCACCUGAUGAGCUUAAAGAUUUGUUUAAAGUUUUCCCUUACAUACCGUGGGGGCCAGAUGUGAAUAACACAGUUUGUACAAAUGAAAGAGGCUGGAUAACCUACCAGGGAUUUCUUUCCCAGUGGACGCUCACGACCUAUUUAGACGUCCAGCGCUGCCUGGAGUAUUUGGGCUAUCUAGGCUAUUCAAUAUUGACCGAGCAAGAGUCCCAAGCUUCAGCCAUUACAGUAACAAGAGAUAAAAAGAUAGACCUUCAGAAAAAACAAACUCAAAGAAAUGUGUUCAGAUGUAAUGUAAUUGGGAUGAAAAACUGUGGGAAGAGUGGAGUUCUUCAGGCUCUUCUUGGAAGAAACUUAAUGAGACAGAAGAAAAUUCGUGAUGAUCAUAAAUCCUACUAUGCAAUUAACACUGUUUAUGUCUACGGACAAGAGAAAUACUUGUUGUUGCAUGAUAUCUCAGAAUCGGAAUUUCUAACUGAGGCUGAGAUCAUUUGUGAUGUUGUGUGCCUGGUGUAUGACGUCAGUAACCCCAAAUCCUUUGAAUACUGUGCUAGGAUUUUUAAGCAACACUUCAUGGACAGCAGAAUACCUUGCUUAAUCGUAGCUGCAAAGUCAGACCUGCAUGAAGUUAAACAAGACUAUAGUAUUUCACCUGCUGAUUUCUGCAGGAAACACAAAAUGCCUCCACCACAAGCCUUCACUUGCAAUACUGCUGAUGCACCCAGUAAAGAUAUCUUCGUUAAAUUGACAACAAUGGCCAUGUACCCAGAGGAUCAUUACAGAGACAGACUCUCCCGAGACACGGGCAACCCUGAUAGGAUAGAGAAUUUGAGAAAAAUCUGGGUCUUUCUAAAAACUGCUUUCCAUGCCCGGUUACGCUGUAUGUGCACCUGCAACAGGUGUACAUUUUGCAUCUGUCAGAACUUCCUCAACUCAGACUUGCUGCAAUCUGUAAAGAACAAAAUCUUCACUGCAGUUCUUAACAGGCACGUGACACAAGCUGACCUCAAGAGCUCCACGUUUUGGCUUCGAGCAAGUUUUGGUGCUACUGUUUUUGCAGUUUUGGGUUUUGCAAUGUACAGAGCAUUGUUGAAACAGCGAUGAUUAAAAAAAAAAAAAAUACUGGCCCCACCAAAAACAAAUACUUUUAUGUAUUUAUGUAUGCUUUAAAUUCUGCUAGAAAUAUUGAGAUAUUUAUACAUGCAGAGUUACUUUAUUAAUAUUUGUAAUUCAUGCAUAAGAGUAUUUUAAUGAUAGUUAUAACUGCAGUAUUGACUAGCAUUGGAAAGAAACAGCUUAACAGCCAAACUAAAAUGGCUAAAUUUCAGAGGCCAAAAGGGAAUAUUUUGUAAAUAAUGUACAUAUUCAGGCAAGAUAUGGUCUCCCACACUGAAUUCUAGAAAUGAUGUUUCUAGACGUUUCUACAUGGUAUUGUUAGUGUUCAGUUGGCUCAUUCUCCUAGGUCUAAGCUCAGAGAUUGUAUUUACUCAUGGAUUACUUAUUUAUUUCACAUUUUACUUAGAAUGAUCCCUCUGGGUUCUUCAAAGAACACGAGGCACAAUUGGCCAUUUUCUCUCCAUUUUUAAAAACAGAUGAGUCAUGUCAGCUUACACUUCUCCUUCAGCCACUCAUGGUAGGUCAGCCUUGAAGCCAUCGUGCAGUCUAGAAAAUUGCAUAGCUGAGUGUUGAAGUGCUUCUUUAAGGAAGGAGUGAGUUCCUGGCAAUUAGCAGAGGCGUUGCCUAUAUGAUUAUGUUGCUUCCUUUGUCUGUAUGUUGAAUUUUAUAGCCCUUUCAAUCAAAUGAGAAAAAAAGAUUUGUAUAUUAUCAAUGUUUUUAGUUUAAAUAAACAGUCACCAUUCCUACUAUGGAAUUUCUUCCCAAAGUGUGUACAUCAUUCUCUAGUGGCUGUGUCUGUUCUAGUGUCUUAACAAUAGCUGCAUGUGUCAUACCGUUCUCCAUCCGGCUAGGAUAACCUAGAAGCAGCACUUUUGUAAAUGGUAAAGUAAAUCUAAUGAAUAUAAACUCUCAUGAUAAACCUAUUUUUUUCCAUCAUCGAACUUUUCAAGUAUUUAAAUAAAUAACUGCUGUGUACCGUGA